AUGCCAACAGUUGUACCAAUUCUACGGGAGCUGGAGUUUCCUUUUUUUCCAGGGCUUUACUGGAGGAUAUGGCAUAUGGAUCUUGUUCAGUCUGCAGUCCUGUAUAGUGUAAUGACCCUCAUCAGUACCUAUCUAGUCGCUUUUGCAUAUAAGAACGUCAAGUUUGUUCUCAAACAUAAAGUAGCACAGAAAAGAGAAGACGCUGUUUCCAAAGAAGUUACUCGCAAGCUGUCUGAGGCAGACAAUAGGAAGAUGUCUCGUAAGGAGAAGGAUGAAAGAAUUCUGUGGAAGAAAAAUGAAGUUGCAGAUUAUGAAGCAACAACUUUUUCCAUCUUCUACAACAAUACUCUCUUUCUGGUCUUGGUCAUCAUUGCUUCAUUUUUUGUGCUGAAGAACUUCAACCCCACUGUGUAUCCUUUAUUACCACGUUUGAAACAACCAGAGUCCUACUCCUAUUUGUUGUCAUUAGUAGCUAUGUUUGUCGUGUGUGUUGUGAGAUUACUCUGA